GACUUGACAAAUCAUAUGAUCACAAUGUCAUCAAAUGUCCACCUCGCAAGUAUUUUUAUCGCGCAUAAUUAAUUUUUUAAUCUUAUUUCUUUUUUAAAUCAAUCGUAAUAAUUAUGUUUUGUAUAGUUAUCUAAAAGCUGUGUAUCAUGUAUAAAUUUUUAGCGUUCAGAUGUUUCUUGAAGUUCUAUCGUGUGGUGGAAGGCUUUAUUUAGGUUAGGCACACGACUUUGUUUUUGUGGGGUUCAGGUAAAAAAUAAAUAAAUGAUUGAAAUAAUAAUUUAAAGCUAAUUUAAUUCAUGUAUCAAAAUGAGUUGGUUGAAAAAUAGCAGUAUCGGAGCAAGUCUAGGAAAAUUGAGAUCAUCGAAUCUGCCAACCAACGAGUGUGAUCCUUCAGCUUGUUACAACAGUUUCAAAAAACAUUGGCAACAAAUUCAUGAAAUUAUUGAAAAAACAAAAGCGGUUGGAAACAUUUUGAAGACUGACGAUGAUUUUCUGAGCGUUGUCAACAAUUUGAAGAAGCUCGUAACCUUUCUGUCGAUGGAAUUGCGGUCUAGUCACGUGAACAAGCCAUGUCUCGAUUAUUUGCUCAGUCAGAAUUUGCUCGAUCAGUUGUACACAUGGAGUGAAAGUACUGGAAGGUACGGCGACACACUGAAGAUGCAGCAGAUGCAGCUGUACGAGGGCCUGGUUGAGCACUCGGGCGCCCAGCUGCUGAUCCACGAGCCCUUCCAUCGGCCACUGCUCAAGCUGCUCACUACCUGUGCCAGCUGCCAGCUGUUCACUGUCGAAGUCCAGAAGUGUCUGGUCGUCCUGCUCAAUCAGCUGUGCGUCUCCAUCUACUGCCACAACGAGCUGCUCGAUCUGUUCUUCUUUGUCGGCGAUCCCAGUCGAUUUAUAAUAUUCUCGCUGCUACUGCCGUUCGUGCAUAGGGAAGGUGCCAUUGGUCAGCAGGCCAGAGACGCUCUGCUGCUGUGUGUCGGCCUCUCCAGUAGGAACAACGAUGUUGCCGAAUUCAUCUGUCGUGAUUCGAAUUUCUGUCAGGACCUGGCAGCCGUGCUAUGUUGCCUGUACUCGGGCCUGCCGCGGAAGCUGAACGAUAUCGAGGUGGCAGACUGGCAUCGCUUCACGCCUGAUGACAUCACCGAAAUGCCAGAGCUCGAACACUUCCUCAAUGUGCUCGAAUUCUGCAACGCCGUCGUCCAAGUGGCUCAUCCCAUCGUCUGCGAGAAACUCAUUCAUCUGUUGCAUGGAGCGUUUCUCUGUCGAGUCAUGGGUCCCGCUUUGUUGCAGGAAAAUGAGGGGGUUUCUUUACAAGGUUAUGGUUAUUCUGCACCACUACAAUUGUUGAAGUCUUUUUAUAAUUCAUUGGUUGGAAAUGAAGAGAGUACUGAGGAAGAAUUAGCUACUGCUACCGCUUAUUUCGAUUUGUUUCUGCGUAGUCUAUCAGAGCCGGGUCUUUUGAACUCAUUCAUCAAAUUUCUGUUGAAAGAUACCUACGAGGACCAACGAAUCAUCGACUGUGUUGUCAUGCGGAUCAAGUCCAAAACAAGGCUGUGCGUGGUGACGCUGUCGCUGCUGGAGACACUGGUGGAGUUGAACUGCGAGGAUGUGAUGCUGGAGCUGGUGUUGCGUCACCUGGUGCCCUGCACACAUGUCAUGUUGUCGCAGCGACCCAGGGUGGCGCAUGUCGACCCCUACUGUCGCAGUGCUGAAAAGUUCUUGUCGCUCGCGCCUGCCAUACCCAGACAUGAACCGGUUGAUGGUAGCUUGUACGGAAACUAUCAAGCGUAUCUAUUCGAUGCCAGAAAUAAAAUAAACAAUUGUGCCAUGGCCACCUCUUGCUGGACUUAUCAGUAUGACGGAGAAAAUCCACCAUUCACUGGUAUGCCGAGGCCUGAAGACGGCAACACAAAUCAAAAACUGAGCGCCGAAUCGGAAUCAGCUGAUCACAGCCUACCGUCAGCUGACGAUGGCAGUUCCGGCUACGAGAGUUUCGCGCUCAAAGAUGGCGGACGAGACUGCGAGAGUGGAGGGGAGUGUGAGUCGCCCUGUGCCAGUCGAAACCGCAGCCGGGAGAGGGGAGGCAAUUUAGACAAUAAUUUCCCUAGUGAUAACAGUUCAUCUGUGAGCAAUAACGGACCAGUUACUAGUGACGUGAAAUCGGCGCGUGACAGUGAUCUAACAUCCAAUAAUGAAACUGUCAACAGUGAGGUUACAUCAUCUGUGAAAAAUAACGGUUCAGUUACUAAUGAUAACAGUGAUUUAACAUCGAAGAAUACUGUUACAAGUAGUAACAACGUGAAGAAUAAUAAUGGAACUGUUGUAACAAGUGAGGUGACGUCUGUGAAAAAUAACGGAACAGUUAGUACUAGCAGUGAUGUUGGUAACAGUGUAAAAAGUAACAAUAGGACUGAAUUGAACGAUACCUGCAAUAAUGUUAACAGUGAGACUAGUGGUAAUAGUAACGAUAAUAUUGUAAAUAGUUCUACAGCGAGUACGAGUGAUAUCAAUAGAAAUUAUCAGAACCAGAGUAGCGGCGGUCAACGAUCUGCUGCUACGUCAUCCAGUGCAAUUCCGUUCCGAAGAACACCCUCCGUCUAUAUGAACAUUUUCAGUUCUACGCCUAGCAUAGGUCCGUUUUUAGAUUUGUUAUUUUCAAAAUUGGACGACAUGCUGUCACAUGACCUGUACACGAAUCUUCGGCUGACAGGCCUCGUCUCUCGGUUGGCCAUCUAUCCUCAGCCGCUCAUCCACUCUUUCCUGCUCGACCACUCUCUCGUCUUUCAACCCAGUAUACGGUCUCUAUUUCAGGUGUUGGGUUCAUUGAAAAGCAAAAUCGAAGAUAAGUUGGUGCGAGAGCCGAAUGUGAAUGUGUACAUAGCCGAUGCACAGAAAUUUCUGCUGGAAAGGGAGGAGAGGCUGGUGAACACACGCAAGCACGCCAUUGAGGCGCCGCUCAGUCUGCCGCCAAGCUCAAAUAGGAUAUCUGAUGCUUUCGAGAGAGGUGAUAGUAAGAGAAGAAGUCUAUCGUUAGCAUUGAGUUCAGUAUUUAAACGUCAAUUUCAACCUCCCAACAAGGAAACUGUGAAUAAUUUUGGAAUUGCGAGGUUUACUAAGGAAAGACAGAAGGAAACAGAAAUCAGAAAUGUGGUGAUGUGCGCUGUGGUUUUGGACGAAUGGCUCAAAGAACUAGCAGCCAUUACGCAAGAGCAUACUAUAUACAGGACAUCGUUAUAGCAGAUGGAUAUUUUCCUGAUGCCUUUUCUCUAGUAUUAGCCCUUCAGCUAGAAAACUCCCUCCAGACUGGAAAACAACAAGUGUUUUCCACAACUUUAUGCAUCAUGAAGAAAACCAUCAAACUCGAAUUUAUCAAAUGUUGUGAAAACAAUAAUACAGUUCUGCCAGAUUAAAGCUUUAUAAGAUUUCUAGCCAAAAUUUUAGUUACUAUUAGUGUUAGAUGUUGAAUUGCUACUAAUUUCAGCUGGUUUGUAUCUACCAUAAGGCAUAGCCUAAUGUUGUGUCUUUCAAUAGUUGUAGUGUGUUGAAAUUGUCCACCUUGAAUGAAGGUGUCCAUUGUUGAAAUGUAUUUUAAUUGUUGGCUUUAAUUCUUGACAGUGGUUGAGUAUUUCUUCAUGAAUUUAUCAUUCUGCGGUAUUGGAGAUCUAAUAGUUUGUUAUAGAAAUACUUUUGGUAUUUUUUAUUCUUGUAAGAUCAAAGUAUUUUUAAUGUUUAAUUAGAUUUUCUUUUCCCCAUUAAACUGGAAAAGAUGCCUAGUUACUUUGAUGAUAUCCCUCUUUUUAUAAGUAGAAAAAAGAAUGGCUAGAAAUAUGGUCUACUUAGUAAUGCUAAUAGUAAAAUACUCAUGUUUUUUUCAUUGAGGAGUCUCAUCACUUAUUUUUUCCAUCUCUGCAAGUUAGAAUUUGGAAAUACGUAAUGUAUUUCCACUUGGCAUACAAGCAGCACUAGUCUUGCUUCUAUUAUUUGAACCAAAUUUAAACUUUUCAUCUCCAGAAAUUAUAGAUUUUUGAAUGGAAUGAAUUAUAUUAUGUCAAACGAUAAAUAAUGCAGUUUUAACAACGAAAAAAUUAGUAGGGUUUGUAAUGGCUCGAAAAAUGAAUAAAGUUUUAAAGCUGGGUCUCCAAGCUUGAAAUGUAACCACUGCUGUAAGUUAUUAUAUCGUAAUCGAAUUCAUGGAGAGAUACUUCAACACUGCAGCUUCUCUUUAUUCUGUCCUAAUAACGAUGCUACCUAUCAAUUAUUGUAUUAUUCUAUUAUUUCUAUCUCAUAGAUAAUUUUGCUUAGAAAUGGGUAUCCCCUAGAAUACCUAAUUAGAAAAAGAUUAUUUUUUAACCUUGGGAGAACGUACUCUCUUAAUACGUACUAUGUCCUAUUUUUCAUACCACUAAUUAGUUUUUAACUAUUUUGAUAUCCUUGAUUUUUUUAGUAUUUCUCAUUUUUUAUUUUCCUCAGUUUUACAAUUUGUGUGGGUAGUGUACGAUUGAGUUGUGCAAUUUUUGUUUGUGUUAGUCUACUUGAUACCUUUGAAAAGGUUUUGAUUGAAUUAAUAGAUUCGUUUCAGAAUUUAAAAUCUCAAUAAGAAUUCAAUAAUAUAUUCUCUGGAAGCAAACACACGAAUACAACUAACUAUUAAAAAUUAGUUAUUUUUAGUACGAAGUCAUCUAUUGAACCAUCAAAUAAUUAUUACAUGCAGAAAUUUCAUUAUAAUUCUAGAGUGUGAAUUUUUAUAAUUGAACAGUUAUAGAGCCAACCUUUCAUUCUGUUCAGAGCAGGCCAUUCAUUAUCCGAUUUGUUGUCCAGUUCGUAGUCCUACAUUUAAUUAUGAUUUUACGUCGGACCGUAAAUGAGGUUGUUGGGUCAACUAGAGGUUCAACACGAAGGUCCGACAUCCAACUAGACUUUGUUUUCUAUUGACUAGACUGAAGUUGGUGAACAAGUAGGAGUGUGAGUGGUAAAAGAUCCGACUAGUAUUUCCACUAGUGGUCAUUGUUGGAGCUCUAGACACUAGUUACAUAGUGAAUGGGCUAUUAUUUUGCGGUAAACUUAUAAUAUUAAGAAUGUUAGCUAAGAAAACUGGAAUAUCAUGUGCAAUCAUAGAGAUUAAAGGAAACACUUGGAGUCUUGAUUUCUGACUCCAUGAAUUUCAUUUAUUUACCAUUAAUACUUUUUAGCAAUUAAUUACAUGUGUGCCUAUUAUUUCUGUCUCUCUUUCAUUAGUGGUAGUUUUUAUUCAACAAUUUCUGUUUAAAUACAGUUUAAUAAUAACAAAAGUUUCAAAUACUAAACGAAAAUACAACUAGAUAGUUCAACGAAAAUCCGAUUUUUCUCUAGAAUUUCAAUGUUAUUAUAUUAACCCUUCAAUCAAUUUACUUUUUUCUUGAAUCAUUUAAAAACAAAAGAUAAAUAUCAACAUUGAAAUUUUAUAGAGGUCGAUUCAAUUAAUAAUGGUUGUUAUGGAUUUAUAUGUGAUAAAAACCUUUUUCAGGCAAACUAGAAUAUUAAAUUGUAUACCGCAAUUAAGCUUAUUUGAAUAUAAGGUUAUUGUAUAAAUUAUUUGAGCUAAAAGAAUUCUAGUUGUACUGAGCUAAAUUGUAAAUAUGGAUAAUUAAAAUAGCUUUAUAAUAGACUCCUUGAAAUGAAAAUAUACAAUUCUACAGUAUAGAAAUAGAUCUCUCCAGUAGUUUAGGAGUGUAAGAAAAGCCUUAAAUUUAUAAUAUUAUGGCUGUUAUUCAACUACUUAUUCAAUAACUUGAAACAAAAGUACAUUUCGAAAGCAAUAUAAUAUUAGAAUCAGUACAAUUUUGAAAUAAGAAAUCUUAAGCUUCUACUUCCCUCCAAUUAUAUCCAUGAAGUUAAAUUUUGAAAAGUACAAAUUGAUUGUUCCUAAAAAUAGUUUUGAAAAUUGUCUAUAUUGUAUAAAUUAAAUGUCAAUACUGUAUACUAAGUCUCAACGACAGUUCAUUACUAUUUGGUAGUGAAUGAUUAAGAGUUUUUUUAAACUUAUUGAACUUUUCUUAUUAAACUUAUUUCUCUUACUGCUUCAUUCUUAUUAGGAAAAGUAAAAAACUGUAAUUAUGUGCAACUUGAAUUUUGUAACCAUCACCUACUUUAUUGAGACAUUUAUUUUUCCAACGCAACUUUUUUCAAAAUACAGUGAAUUAGUACAGUAAAUCGUAUUCCAUCAUUUUCAACAUAUCAUAAACUGUACUUAGAAGUUGCUGGAAAAAUGUCUUGAUAAUCUGUAUUAUUUAUUUAUGAAAACAUGGAAGCAUACAGGAUUUCUCCCGAAAAUUGCUUCCAUAACAACAUAUUACAAUAAUUCAUUCACAUUAUAAGAGUACAAAAAAUUGAGAAUAUUAAAAAUAAAAUUGAAUUGCAGUAAAAAUUGAAUACUACUGUUGAGCUACACCACACCACAACAGAUGCAAUGAGUGGUGAAUUUAUGAUUCUUAUACAAAAGAAAAAAAGAUAUAUAUAUAAUACUGAAAAUAUAUAGAAUACAAAGUACAUCACUACAAGUAUAUCACUACAGCAAUAAAUUCAAGUAAAUGAUAAAAAACUAUAUAUAUACUGAAGUUAUUUGUAAAGUAGAUAUCAAAUCACAGAAUAUGAUAUGCAUACUCAACAUCAAUAUCGUUUCAAUAUCAAAGUAAUGACUCAGUAUUAUUGUAUUUUUAAAAAAGAGAUGAGACUUGAAAGAUGAAAGUCAAUGGAAAAUUGUCACUAUUAUUUCCAAGUACAUAAAUUCAUAUGAUUUUUAUGUCAUUUCAAUUACAAUAUAUUUUAAAUUAUAAUUUUUUAACCGUUUUCAAUAAUAAUUAUUAUCAAUUCGGAAAUGAGUUUUAAAAUUGAUCUACUAUUAGAUUCCAACUAAUUCCAUUCAUCAACAGACAAUAAUAAUUUAAUUCAAUCAUUUUAAAUGUUAUGUUGUUUAAUUUGAAAUUUGUUUCAUUUCUCAUGUUAUUUGUUUUCAUCUUUAAUUUUAAAUUAGUUCGAACUACUUAUCAAUUUCAUGUAUCUCUCUGUGAUAUAUUAAUGGGUUCGAAUUGAAUCAGUUGAAUCUGCAAUAGUCAAUUAAAUAGCGUCAUCCCUAUUAGUUUAUUCAAGAAAACGUACUGUAUUCUGUGAGAUUUACUGUACAAUUGUAUAAUUCUGUGCCGUGAUGAAUUUAUUGAGGAUUUAAGAUUGAUCAAUUUCUAUAUUUUUUUGAAAAUAAGUCGAUUUUAGUUUCAAAUUGUUCAAACUAUAAAAACUAGAAUUUUCAAGUUUCUUUCAGUUUAGAUGGGAUACACCCAUACACCGUACAGUGCAAAAGAAAGUGGAACGUAAGGUAGAAUGUGCCUAGUAUCUAUAUUCCCUUAAAAGUCAUGGAUUGCAUAGUUAUUUUUAGAGGAUUGGCUUGGUUGGAAAAUACUUACUUCCUUUCAUUAUUAAUUUAUUGUGAAGUUAUAUAUUUCAUUCAGAAUUAUUACUACGAUCAUUAUGAUUAUAUGUAAAUCAAGUCUUAUUAGUACAAUAAUCCGCUUAAGAAAAACAAAUUACGUUCUUGGCUACUUGAAAGGUUCUGUUUAAUGUUCAAAUCCUCAACUAAUAAAUAUGGUAGUAUACAAUUGAAAAAUAAUUAUGUCGUGCUUAUAAGAUAAGGAAUGAUUAAGUUCUUAUUUUAAUUGCAAUUUGAAAACCUUGGAAGAAAUCUUAUAAAUGAAAGUCAAUUACUAUUAAGAUUUCCAAUGUUAGAAACUACAUCUUAUUGUGUUAAAUUCAGACCAAUUUCAUUCAUAAUUUCAGUAUUUACGUUUAGAAUUAUGAAAUAAUUAAGGUAGUCAGAUUUGACCUUCAACAAGUUUCCCAUUUUGUUUUGUUCUAAAAACUAAACUUUUGGUCUACUUAUCUCUACUAAAUUUUCAAACUCUUGGAAACAGUAUUUAUUAUGUUUAAUGAGUCUAAAAAAACAGUUUUAUGUUGUAAAUAUAAUAUUUGUUUGGUUUUAAAUUAUUUUAUUAUCUAUUUCUUUUUCUCAUGAAUUUUUUUCUAUUCUUCUAUUCAAUAUGCUUUGAUUGUGAGAGAGCCAAAAUAAUAUCAUAGAAUCUUGCCAUUGUAAAGCUUGUUAUGUUCUAUUUUGCCAAAAUUUAUUUUAUUAUUUGUUUUUAUCCAGAAUCGUAUUCCAUUAACUACUUUUAUUGAUGGUUUAUUGGUUUGAUGUGGAUUUAACAUUUUCAUUGAUAAAAGUAGGUAAUUAUAAAUAUGUGUAAAAAGUUAUUUUAACUGCAAUAUAAUAAAUAAUAUGAUUGUUGAAUUAAA